CCAGGCCUGCCAGACCUGCCAGACCCAGACUCCGACAGACAGACAGAUCUGCCCGCCAUGAGCCGCAGCCUCGACCUCCCCUCUUCCUCCUCUUCCCGCUCCCCCUCCCCGGGGCUCCCCCAGAAGCUGCCGCUGCUGCUGCUGCCGCUGCUGCUGCUGCUGCACGUGUCGGCUCAGCGCGCCCAAGCUGCCCCCCAACAAUUGCUCCUGCCCUCGGAGCUGCGCUGCAAGUGUGUUCGUGUCACGCAAGGGAUCCACCACUCCAAAAUUCAAAAUGUGGAGGUCAUCCCCGCGGGACCCCACUGCUCAGAAGUCGAAGUCAUAGCCACCCUGAAGAAUUCACAAAUUGUCUGCUUGAACCCCCAAGCCCCCCUGGUCAAGAAACUCAUCAAGAAACUCCUAAACAAAAACUGAACAACAGCCUGCUGAGGGAGAAGGAGAACAAGAAUCCAUCAUUCAGAAGGUGCCAGACCGAAAGAGAAAAGGGAACCGCAGGGAAAUGUGAAAUCCGAGUUUGGGAAAUACUUUAAUUUAUGUUAUUUAUCCUUUACAAGGGUGUUUUCUAUUGCUUUCAAGUUAAAUUUUAUGUUUCUAAAGAAAUAUAUGUAUGAGAUUCAUGGGGUUUAAAUAUUUAUUGAAAAGAUAACUUAUUUUUGACUAUUUUCUAAAUCAUUCCUAUUUAUUAUGAAAUCUAAAGAACUGUAUUGUUCUAAUAACCUAUGGACAUUUUAUGUCUACCUUGUAUGGCAUACUGUCAUUUCUGUGUGAAAGACACAAUGAUGUUUUAGUAUCUAUUGUAAAGAAAUUGUCAUAGUUCUUAUGAAAUAAAAGAUUUCCUUAAGUACUCCA